UUUGCAGGCUUUGCUGUGGAAAUUGAAGAAAUGUUAGAAAUACAAAUAAUGAAGAUUGAAGAUCCGGGAUGCCUGUGGGCUCGAGUUCUGAAAGGAUCAGGCAUUCAGCCGGACAGUCCAGAGGAAUAUGAGAGCCUGAGAGUGAAAAUGAACCUCUUCUACCACGAGGUCGACCUGGACGUACAGAAACUAAGGCCUGCUGAACUGAAGGAAGGGCUGGUGUGUGUGGUGUUCAGUCUGGCUCUGAAGAGCUGGUGUCGAGCUGUGGUUGAGUCUGUCUUUCAGGGGACGGUGGACAUGCAGGCUUGGUGCUUGUUAGUAGAUCACGGAGAUCGAAUCAUCGUCGGAGCAGAGGAUGUGCGAACUCCUCUCGAGAAGUUCCUGCAGCUUCCUUUCAGAGUGAGGCGCUUUAAACUGGCAGGAAUUCGUCCGAUGACGCUUCAGGUGCCCGUCUCAGAAAACACAGCAGAGCUUGUUCCAUCUUCAACAUGGGACAGCUCUGCCACAAAAUACCUGCACAAUCUAUUACAAGUGUCAACUCUGGUUGAAGCCGUUCUGUGUGAAACGCAAGCAGGCUGCUCUGCCAUUGAGCUCUACUUGACUAUUAAUAAUACGAAGCUGUGUGUGAACCAUGAGCUCGUGGCGAAGAAGUUUGCCUGUUUCCUGAAAGAGGAGUCCAGUGCGCUGGAAGGGAACAGGAAUGGAGAUCGUGCUCCUAUCAGCCUGGCAUGGGACAUCUACUCCAGCCCUCACCAGCUCUUAGAAAUGAAAGGAUGCUGUCCUGUCAAACCUCCACCAUUCUCCAUUCUCACCAGAAAAGAGCAGAAAGAUGAUCCUCGGACAGAAACGGAAGACGUUUCUCAUCUGGAGAGGCAGAAACCACAGUUGUCAGAGGAAGCAGACAUGCUAUCUCAGGUUAACCCUCGAGUCUCUAAACUGGCCCGCAAUGCUGGAACGGAUACUAUUGGCAGAGGAUGGCGUAUCAGAGCCGAGGCCACUGACAUCUUCACAGAUGAACGCAGUGCUCAGACUAACAUUCACAAGCCUCAAUACAUGAAGUUUAACACACUUUCACAUUCAAAGCAGAUUCCUCAAUCUUUUGAAGAGCAGCAGCACAGUUCUGAUCAAACGGACAAUAACCGCAUCGCUUCAACACCAGCUGCAAGUUCAUCAUGUGCGAGCGACUCCUCAGAAGAGCAGAAAGUGGCAGCUCCCUCACAAGAGCCCAGUCUUGAAGAUCAACUGACCUCUUCUAGACUUAUGCAGUUUCUGAACCCUGAUCCACUCAAUCCAGCCCAAGAGUCUCUUGAUGCCAAAGUUGUACGCUGUGACCCGGGUCACUCAGGAGUUUUAGUGCACGCCGCCCUUCGUGUUGAACCCUGCAGUAACCUGACACGUGCACCCAUCAGUGAGAAAUUCAGAAAGUUCCUGUUGUGGAGGAAGUAUAAUGGACUGAAUGUAGCAGAGAGUUACUGCUGGCCCGCUGUGGCACGCGGUUUUGAUACGGUACUGGUGUCACACUGCGGUGACAGUCCUCUGUCCUACAUUCCUCCUCUGCUGAUGCUGUUACAGACGGUUUCUGUCGUCUCCAGUCUCGCUGCUCGCACCGGGCCCAUAGCAGUGAUCCUAUGUCCGGGCUGGGAGAAAGUUCAGAUGGUGCUGGAGCUCCUGGAGGACAGUAAAGCAACUUACAACCUCCAUCCCACCAGUGUGCUGCUGGGUGUGGACCAGGAAGAGCCCAAAAAGUUCAAGAUCCAGAGGAACUGUCAGUUGCUGGUGACAACACCGUUUACAAUGAUGAGGCUGCUGGAUGCUCAGUGCUUCCUGUUCCUGAGACUGUGUCACCUGGUGCUGGAUGAGGCAGACGUCCUUUAUUCACAAGCUCCUGAGCAGAUGUCAGUUAUCCUGAAGCACUUCCAGAAGGUGGUCUCUGGAGAGGAGAGGUCCUCGUGCCCCAGGCAGAUCAUUGCGGUGGGCAGCAGCUGGAGCGCUGGGAUAGAGGCUCUGGUCAGAGAGCACAUGAUUUACCCCUCCAUCAUCAUAACCGUGAUGGAGGAGGCAGCUCUGUACGGCAGGGUACAUCAGAGGGUUCAGCUGUGUCUGGACUGCGAUAAGAUCUCCGUUCUGCUCGGAUCGCUGGACUUCCACCCGCCCAAACCCCAGAAAACCCUCAUCAUUACCAACUCCGCUGAGGAGACCGAGCAUGUGUAUAAGGCUGUGGUCAACACUGCUGUGUUCACACUGAAAGCUCAUGAAGAUGUGACAGAUCAGUUUGAUUUUGUCAUUGAUCAGUGGAGAAAAGACAUUGGCCAUGGAACGCAAGUUAUUCUGGUUACCACCAACGACUGCCUUAAGGCUCUCGGGAUCCGGGACGCCACAUGCGUGGUGCAUUAUGGGUUCCCCAGCUCCCCCAAGCUCUUUGGCAGCCGUCUGUUCUGCCUGUCAGAGAAUUUCAGAAACCUUCCAGACAUGGAUCAUGCCGAGAGCUCCUCUCCUGCAGCUCAGUCGGUGUUGCUGCUGUCGGAGCUGAACGCCCGUCACGUGUGUGGCGUCCUGCGGUACCUGAGGAGAAGCGGCGCUCUUCUGCCCCCUGAGCUGCUACAGUUUGCUCUGGGUGUCCAGCAGGCCAAAGAGGAGCAGAAGACAGACAGACCCCUCUGCUCCUCGCUCAAGAGCUUCGGCUUCUGCAGAGACAGCACAGUUUGUCCGGAUAGACACAUGAUCAACAAAUCCCUGGAUCAUCCAAAGCACCCUGACUCUGGGACUGUCAUGGUUUUGCCGCUGUGCAUAAAGUCAGCGAAUGUGUACUCUGGCCGCAUCGUGAGCCAGAAAGACGAUGGUUAUGAGACUCUCGCUGUUCAAAUGAACGCACACUACGCUAUUGAGAGACGCUGUGCUGUGGAAGUGCUGAAGGGAGAAUUAUAUGCCGUUCAAGAGGAGAAUAUCUAUAACCGGGUGUGUGUGAUUGAAGUGCCGGAAAAAGGAGAGCAGCUAUUCAGCAGCGUCACUGCCUGCUUCAUAGAUGAAGGCCGCACACAGGAAGUGAAAUCACACCAGCUACUCCAACUUCCUCCUCAGUUUCAGGAUUUGCCAGGCCAGGCUGUGGAGAUCAUCCUGUGCAAAGCGCAGCCCGUCGACGGGGAGGUGGACUGGAACCCCAAGGUGACCAGAGCCAUCAGUCUGAAGAUCAAAGGGAAGCUGCAUCAGGCCAGGGUUGUGAUGAGUGUGGGAAAUACUGUCUGGGUUAAUCCUAUGGUGCGCAUGACACGUGUUCCUGGUCUGAAGACCUACAUUAAUGAGUAUAAUGUCCAUGCUGAGAUCUUGGCCUCUGGGUUUGGUGUCAAUAAUCCUCAGCACUUGGACCUGCUGAAGAAAGUUUUCCAGGGAGACGAGAACGCAAACACACUCCAGCACUUGACAGAUGACAGGUUUGAGAGCCCUUCGUCAUCCUCACAGCAGAGAGUUGAGGUUACAGAAGACGUUCUGACCAGUAGGAUGAAGGAUGUAGUCAGCAGUCAUAAUGCCAUGGACUUCAGCCAGACUCCCAUCAGCCCCCAGAACAACAGUGCUGUCCAGUGCAAUGGAGACCUGAAGGACAGUGAUGAUUAUGAUGAAGAUGAUUCUUCAGAGGGAAGCAUGAAUACAAUGAGUGGGUACGUGAAUGACCGGCAUUACUAUGCAAAGCUGGAGCUGUCCGGUGCCAUCACCGCGGAGCAGUGCUCAUGGGAAAUGAGAUGCAAUGAGCCGGUGAUGAAGCUGAAGAAAAAGGAAAAGCGGGACUGGAGAACACUCCUCAAACACAAGGCACCAUCUAUAUCUUAA